UCUCGCUCCUCCCGCCACGGACACGGGCGGAGCGGCCGCGCCUCGCCUCGCCUCCCCUCCCCACCGCCUCCGCCCGCCCCCCGCUCCUUUCCUCUCUCCCUCCCUUCUGCAGGAGCCGGCGGCAUCUGCGCGGCCGCAGGCGGCGGGUAGCCGGGCGGGAUGGCGGUGCGGAUGCGGAUGCUGCUGGCUCUCUGCGGGGUGCUCGCUGCCUGCCGGGCGGCGGAGCUAGGGGCAGGGGGUGCCAGCCGGCGGCGAAGGCUGAGCUCCGAAGAGGGCAUCUCCUUCGAGUAUCACCGCUACGCCGAGCUGCGGGAGGCGCUGGUGGCCGUGUGGUUGCAGUGCCCGGCCAUCAGCAGGAUCUACACGGUGGGGCGCAGCGCCGAAGGCCGGGAGCUCCUGGUCAUCGAAGUCUCUGACCGCCCCGGCGAGCAUGAGCCCGGAGAACCAGAAUUUAAAUAUGUUGGGAAUAUGCAUGGGAACGAAGCUGUCGGAAGGGAGCUGCUCAUCUUCUUGGCUCAGUACCUGUGUAAUGAAUACCAGAAAGGAAACGAAACAAUUAUCAACUUGAUCCAUAGCACACGUAUCCAUAUCAUGCCGUCUUUGAACCCAGAUGGCUUUGAGAAGGCAGCAUCUCAGCCUGGUGAACUUAAGGACUGGUUUGUUGGUCGAAGUAAUGCUCAAGGGAUAGAUUUAAACCGAAAUUUCCCUGAUCUUGAUAGAAUUGUCUAUGUUAAUGAGAAAGAAGGUGGCCCAAACAACCACCUGCUGAAAAACAUGAAAAAAGCUGUUGACCAGAAUCCUAAGCUUGCUCCUGAAACGAAAAGUGUCAUUCACUGGAUUAUGGAUAUACCCUUUGUGCUCUCUGCCAAUCUUCAUGGAGGAGACCUUGUUGCAAAUUAUCCUUAUGAUGAAACUAGGAGUGGCAGUGCUCAUGAAUACAGCUCCUGCCCUGAUGAUGCUAUUUUUCAAAGCCUGGCUCGCAGUUAUUCUUCUUUUAAUCCUGCUAUGUCUGAUCCAAACAGACCACCGUGCCGUAAAAACGAUGAUGACAGCAGCUUUGUUGAUGGAACAACUAAUGGUGGUGCAUGGUAUAGUGUGCCAGGAGGAAUGCAGGAUUUCAAUUAUCUCAGCAGCAACUGUUUUGAAAUCACAGUGGAGCUUAGCUGUGAAAAAUUCCCACCUGAAGAGACUCUGAAGGGUUACUGGGAGGACAACAAGAACUCCCUUAUCAAUUACAUUGAGCAGAUUCACCGAGGAGUGAAGGGCUUUGUUAAAGAUCUUCAGGGCAAUCCAAUAGCAAAUGCUACAAUUUCUGUGGAAGGCAUAAGCCAUGACAUUACAUCAGCCAAGGAUGGUGAUUACUGGAGAUUGCUUGUGCCUGGAAAUUACAAACUUACAGCCUCAGCACCAGGCUAUCUAGCAAUAACUAAAAAAGUAGCUGUGCCCUUUAGCCCUGCGGUUGUGGUUGAUUUUAAACUGGAGUCAUUGUCUGAAAGAAAAGAAGAGGAGAAGGAAGAGUUGAUGGAAUGGUGGAAAAUGAUGUCGGAAACACUAAACUUUUAAAUUAAAAUCUUGGCUUUAUGGCUUUUAAUCUAUAUGUUGACUUAGUAUAAUGUACUGUGGACAGCCCCUAUAUCCUAGAUUUUGUGCACUUCACAAUAAUUAACUUUGAUUGUUUUCAGUAAUCUUUUGAUUAAUACAAUAAAUAACUACUAGCCUCCUAGCUAGAUAAUAAGUUAUUAACUUUCUUUCAUCUUGUUAUAGAGAAUUUACUCUUAUAUACAAAUCAGAGAAAAAUGAGUCAUUAUCUCUGCAGCCUAUACGAAAAUACAAUCAGUUGUGUAUCAUUUGCCAGUUUAGAAAAUGUAGGCUAACACUUGGUUUUAAAAAAGAAGUAUGCUGUAUCCAAUUCCCAAUUCUGCCAGAGAAAUUUGAGAGUGCAUAGUAGUAGACAGUGCUCUUCACUGAGUUCUAUAAUGGAUGUUCUUGAAAAGACUUAUAUAACAGUGUGUGGUGUAAUAAUGUUUUAUAAAGAUUAAAAUUCAGUAUAACACUUUGUAUGUCUCUGGUGUUGGAGCUAUUUCAAUAUGUAAGAAACAUAAGCUGACUUCAUUUUAGUAAGCAGCAGGAUUCUGUGUGAGCUCUUUUAUUAAAAAUGAUAUAGAAUGAUUUCAGGAAAUAGUAGAGCCUUAUUUCUUAAGCUAAUAAUGACAUUUCAAGGUCAGGUUUUAAUUUUUUCUCAUUAGUUUUUCAAUUUAAAAUUUUUGAAUGGGUGAAAAAAAGAGAACUUGUGCACCUUGCUAAUAUGAUCCUUGUGUUUGUUUUACAGCAAGAAAAUCAAUACUAUUUCAAGUUAUCUUUGUUUCAGUUAGAUAACUAUAUUUUGAACAAUCUACACGUGUCAGUGUAGAUAAUUAGUCAAAAGUUCUUGUUAGCUCACCAAGAGCUAACAAAACAUUACAGUUCAGACAAUGAACUGAAAGUCUGCUGAGGACAUGCAUUUAGUCUCAAAAGUAAAAAAUGGUUUCAUUUCAACUUUGUGUUUCUUCUGCUGGUUAGUUUUCUCUAAAACUAGAGCCAAGACAGAAAAAUGAAAUUUUCAAUAUGGUGGAAUUUCCAGAAAUACUUGAGUAUAAUAGAAAAAGUGUCUUUGUUUUUAAAAGAAACUUCUCCCUCUUGUUUGUUUGUUUGUUUGUUUAGCAUGAUUGAAAUAACUUUAGUAUUUUGCCUAAGAUGAGGGAAAUCUGCAGUCAGAGAACACACAUGAUCCAUAGUGGGUGAAAGUUUGGCACAAUUCUUUUGAAAUCAGUGCCAUCUGCUUGAAAACUUACACUUGGUGGUCUAUUAUAAUUCAGAAUCAGAUGUUUGAUACAGAUUUUCUUCCUCUAGGUGUGUUUUGAUGGGAUUAUUAUUUUAGUUGGGAGUUCAGUAUCACUCAGACCCAAUCAAAAAUGCACAUGUUCCCACUGUAAAUGAAAAAAUCACAUGUUCAGAUGUAGGAUCCAAGUUUACUUCCUUUGGUUAUGUAAAAAUACUGAAAUUACUGGUUUCUGAUAAUUUGACAUUCUUUAAUAAAAAUAGAACUUUACAGAAUCACAGAUUGGUAGGAUUUGAAAAGGGCCCCUGAGAAUCAUCUGCUAAAACAGUUUCUCUUAGGGCAGGUUGCACAGGAAUGCAUCCAGUGAGGUUUCAAAUGUCUCCAGAGGAGAUUCCACAGCUCCUCUGAACAGCCUGUUCUAGUGCUUCAUCACCCUCAAAGUAAAAAAGCUUCUUUCUUACAUUCAGAUUGGAACACAGGGCCCACUGCCCCUUCCUCUUUUUAAGUAAACAGGUUUAAAGUUUGGCAUUUGGUACACAUUGACAAAAUGAACAGCAAUAAAAAGGCAUAAACUUUCUGUAGCUCAUUUGGGAGGUAGAUAUUUAAUUCCAGACCAGGGGAACUUCACUUGCUGUAAGUCGUUAUACAGUAAUGAGCUUCAAAUCUCCAUUGUAAUGAGAACUCCUGUGGCAAAGAAUCCAAACUGGACCUAUCCUGAUAACAACUUGUUGGCUAGCUGUGCUCAAGAGCACACACAAAGGAUGCCUACUUACACCAUCUUGAAUGUUUAUGACAAUCUGAAAGGCUAAGACAUGUAGCACAAAACACACUCUGUGUCUGGAAGUAACAAUACUGUUUUCAGCUGAACCAGGUAACACCAAAGCAAGCAGUAAGAAAAUGAAUCACAGCAAGAGACUGCUGGCGUGUGGGCAAAUGGCUACUAGAGUGUUUCUGAUCUGCAAUCUAAUGUAAUAUGGCAAGUGUAUGUUUGUACAUAACACCCUGCUUUGUUCCUUCCAAACCCAGUAAUUUCAGUCCAAAUGGUAUGACUAUGUGGUGUGACACCUAUCAUGCAUCCAGUCUUCCUGUGUGGUGGAUUGUGUGGCAUAGUUAGCAGAGGCAUUACUUCAAAGCAAACUCAUAAGAAAUUUCUGCUCCGUACUUGUGUUAUGUGUGUGAGAGGUCCUCUGGUCUACUGUUCCAUGGCUUCGUGAUUAGUGGCGUUCCUUAAAUGACCUCUUCAUUUUGCUCUCGAUAACUGCUUGCUCUUACUGUGCUGAGAAAAGUGAUUAAAUGUUAGAACUGAGAACAGUGAUUAAAUGUUACAACACCAGUACCACUGCCACUGCUCUUGCUGUAGGUAAACAUCCUUAAGAACAGUGUAGCCAAGACUCUUAAUAAAUGAAUUCAUUAUGCAGCUUUCCUGGCUGAACUGAGCUGUGUUGUAGGACUGUAUAUGUUUAAAUGGAAGAUUAAAGUGUUGUGUGAUGCUGAACUUUUGGUUACAAAGGUACAUGCUGUACUGUUGUACAAUAAAUCUGCAGGUUUAUUUAAAAUGUAAAA